AAUACACCGCUAACGUGCAGAAGUCGAGGACUUCCGCAUCAGAAGGUCGCACCAACGGGCCAUGAAGCAGAAUCACGUACAUGAGAGACGGUGGUAACCAAAUAACAAAGGAGUGUGCAAGUGCCGGUUAUUCUUCAUCCCAAUUCGUUCACCUUUUGCAUUGGAUGCUUGCGACCAGUGCUUCGAAAGCUUCCCAAUUAUGGCGACCGAUAAUUGAUCGUAGUUGUAGUUGUGUACCGGUGGCCAAUUUAAAACUGAACCGCCGUGGCUUUUUAAAGAAAGUUUACCGGGUGUUUUUUCUAUUUUAUAUCUGUGACCUUCACUUCUAUUCCGGUUUGCAAAUGUCUAAGAUCGUGUGUUAACCACUAAAGAUUAAAUUCCGUUGUCGACUUCUAAUAGUAUUUUCUUGUAGAAAUUCUUUGAACAUUGCCUUACUGAAGAGCAAAGUUUGUUUAAGGUAACUACUGCUUUAAAGAAGAUUAAAGUAGUGUCAAAAACUUAAGUAAACAUUGGAUGUUCAAGUACUUGUACACAUUGAAGAAAAGAAGUGCCGUGUCAACAUUUGAAUAGACUGUGACAACUACUGAUUAAUAUUCAAGUUGCGCGUGGUUUUACUUUCUUAAGGAUUCUGUUCUAAUUUUGCGUUAAAAUCUCUCCUAAGAACGUUUACCUUACUUGUAACUGUUUGAAAUUUGUGCUCAAACUCAUUAUUGUGAUUAGUGAAACUACGUUUUUUACUUUGGAUUGCAAAUUUAAUAAUGCUGGGAUUUUAUUUUCGGUUGCAGUAGUCGAUGAAGACCUAAUUUUGAUUUGGGAAACGCGCCCGGCGGGAUAAAGAUUAAUAUACAUGCAAUGGGAUGAUCAGGUACAUUCGUGGUCGUAUGGAAAAGAGGAAUGUCCUAAGUUGGUGCGUUCCCAGCCAACAUUGGAUAAAUCACGACUACUCUAAGGUGCUCAAAUCUGUCCAUAGAUGGUUACCAAUCUCUCGCAUCAUUCGGUUAUCUCAAAACGACUGAAAACUAUUGAAGUAAACAUAUUGCGCUGUGAUAAUGGAUAUAACGGAUGCUUUCCGUAGUGAGGACCUCACAAAGACGGACUUUUUCGAUUUCGUAGUGACUCCCGACUCUAACGAUUCGCAAUCGUUGCAACAAUUUUCGAAACAAAUGCGAACCGUGAACGCGUUUUUAGGUAACGGAUCGGACGAAGGUAAAGAAACGAAUAACAACAUGUUAACCGCCGAACUUACGGCUGUGCCAACUAUAAGCUCAGAGGGUGUAACUAAUUACGAUCCGAAUUUUUGGAGCGACAAAGAAACCGUUCGAAUCGAAACCGCCAUUUUAGAAGAUUUAAAUAAGUACUGUUGGAGUACCGACCAUGAAUCAAACGGAGUGGUAGCGACAAAUCCUAGUAAACUAUUAAAUAAUACAGACGGGCAUAUUUACACAUUAACAGUAUUAAAUGGUAUCGACCAGAAUGCAACGUGGUACCGUCCACCUUUACCCCCUAUCGUUAAGGAGGAGGAUGGCUCGCUUUCGAGUCCAAGCUCCAUGGAACACCUACAGACAGGUUUAGAUAUAGACUCGAUAUUAAAUAUAAUCCCCCAUCAAAAUGGUUUUAACAAUAUUUAUAGUGAUAGUGCGCAAGCGCCGAAUACGGAUGGUUUGAUUAAGUCCGAAACGUACACGUAUGAGGAUAGCGGAUUUGCUGACAACAAGGAUGAGUUGGGAAACUCGCUUAUUAUCGAAACUCCACUAUUGGAGGCGCACGAAAACUUUAACAAUAACAAUAACGACUGGAAGGUUAGUAAUAACAAUAGCAGUAGUAGUACGAAUGGCUCGCCGGACUCGCUUCUUCGUAGUGCCCUUCAAGGGAAGACAUUCGUUCGUUACAAUGGCGCGUCGAAAGCCUCAAAAUCGGAGACAAAUAGUGAGUUGAGGCGGGUUCUGUCCACACCUCCCGUGAAACCGGAAGGAAUAUACAUUAAGGAAGAUCCAGAUAAACCCCCAACAAUAGUGUCUGGUGGCAACUCCAAUGGAAACGUGGUUUUCGACGAGCACCCCGAAAAUCACACCAACUCUCACAUGGACGAUCUCCUUCUCUCGCACCUGGACGCAUCCUACCCCGAGGACUAUGAAAAAUUGAAGCGAAUCGCAAACGAAGUGGCAGAAUCCGUCAACCAGUAUUGCUUAAUUAACAAUAACACCAUCGAGCACGUUUACAGCGUCAGUCCGGACCAAAUCGGCAUUUUAAGCAAUCUCAGUUCGCCGAUCUCAAUCACAGCACCAGCAGUCUCGAGCACAAAACCGCAAACGAAAAAGUACAAACGCUCGAAUAGCGCCACCAAACAGUCGACAACGCAAGGGGCAUCCUCAACUAGCAACGGUGUCCGUAAGGAGCGCUCCUUGCACUAUUGCAGUAUUUGCUCAAAGGGCUUUAAAGACAAGUACUCAGUUAACGUCCACAUUCGCACGCAUACGGGCGAAAAACCCUUCACCUGCAGCCUCUGCGGCAAAAGUUUCCGACAGAAGGCCCACCUCGCCAAACACUACCAAACACACAUAGCCCAAAAGAACGCGGCGGCGUCCGGCGGCUCGUCAACCGCGAAAACGAAAACGAGGUAGCUUCAGCGUGUUCGUGCUAGCGCGCCGUUUCGGCCACCUCUCCACCCUCAGGCCGUAACACCCCCGCGCGUUCGGUUAGUACAAAACGAAGACCAUCGAGCAAACUUCAACACAACGAAAUCUAUGAAUGUAUUUGUUCCUAAGUAUAUAAUUUGUUUACGUGCUGUGAUUUGUUUGUAUUUUGGACUCAUCGCCUAAUAUCAUCAAAAUUGCCCAAAUUUUCUUGCCAUUGCUGUAUUAUUUGUACGUAAUUAAAAAUUAGAAUCCUUAAUUUAUUUAUAUAUAAUAUUUCGAACUUCCGUUGUUAUGUAAAGUAAAAUAUAUUUUAUUGUAGUUGAUGCCUACAGGGUUGAACUUGAAAGUCACCCUCUGCGUAUAGUAGAUAUAUCUCUAUGUGAAUUGUUAGUUUCCAAGCUUAUUAGUUCUAAGUUUUAGUGUACAACUACAGUUUUUACCAUUUUAGUAAGGCAUUAUUAAAUGACCAAUAAUUACCUACAAAUACUCACCACGUUCAUGAACCAAAAUUGUGAGUUCAAGUAAGUUAAUUUAACUAUGCUCACAGCAAACGCAGGAUUUGUCGAAAGCUUACGCUUGCUGGAGCAUUGCCCCAAUUGUUUUUUUUUUGUAUUUAUAGUCUAUGUGAAUGUUGACAACUUGUUUGUAAUUUACGGACAUAACCAUUGUUAUUUUGCUUAUCAUACGUAUACUAUUUUGUUAUUUUCUAAAUACCUUUAUAUACAAACGGCUUUGUUACUUGUUAUUUAAAAGAAACCCACGUUUGUUACUUGCCAUGGUUAAGGGGUUAUACGUCAUUAGAUCUCAGCGAGUCUUUCAGAACAAUGCUCUCUGUGUUUGCAUGUCAUAUUUUAUGUAAACCACUUCUACUGCCAACGUAAGUGUUCUCUCUUGUACAAUGAAAUACUCAAGUUUGUAUUUGUCCACUACUAACGACCUUUAAGUAGGUUCUGCAUCUACUGAAGUGAUUUAAACUUUGCGAAUAUCGUAUUUUAUGUACUUAUUGUAUUUGAUUAUGUUUUCUGUAUUAUCGUAUUUGAUUUUAUUAAAAGUAUUUUUAUAUACCUAUA